GAUCUUAAAAGCUCUGGCUUCUCUGAUGACAUAUAAGUGUUCAGUGGUUGAUGUGCCAUUUGGGGGUGCCAAAGCUGGUGUUAAGAUCAAUCCCAAGAACUAUACUGAUAAUGAGUUGGAAAAGAUCACAAGGAGGUUCACCAUGGAGCUGUCAAAGAAGGGCUUUAUUGGUCCUGGCAUUGAUGUGCCUGCCCCAGACAUAAGCACAGGCAAGAGGCAGAUGUCCUGGAUUGCUGACACCUAUGCUAGCACCAUAGGGCACUAUGAUAUUAAUGCCCAUGCCUGUGUUACCGGUAAGCCCAUCAGCCAGGGUGGAAUCCACGGAUGGAUCUCUGCUACUGGUCGGGGAAUUUUCCAUGGGAUUGAAAACUUCACCAAUGAAGCUUCUUACAUGAGUAUUUUAGGAAUGACACCAGGAUUUGUAGAUGAAACAUUUGUUGUUCAGGGAUUUGGUAAUGUGGGCCUGCACUCUAUGAGAUAUUUACAUCAUUUCGGUGCUAAAUGUGUUGGUGUUGGUGAAUCUGACGGGAGCAUAUGGAAUCCAGAUGGUAAUGACCCAAAGGAACUGGAAGACUUCAAAUUGCAACACAGAACAAUCCUGGGCUUCCCCAAAGCAAAGAUCUAGGAAGCGAGCAUCUUGGAGGCAGACUGUGACAUAUUGAUCCCUGCUGCCAUCGAGAAGCAGCUGACCAAGUCCAAUGCACCCAGAGUCAAAACCAAGAUCAUUGCUGAAGAUGCCAACAGACCGACAACUCCAGAAGCUGAUAAGAUCUUCCUAGAGAGGAACAUCAUGGUUAUUCUAGAUCUCUAUGGAGGAGUGACAGUAUCUUACUUUGAGUGGCUGAAGAAUCUAAAUCAUGCCAGCUAUGACCGUUUGAUCUUCAAAUAUGAAAGGGAUUCUAACUACCAUUUACUCAUGUCUGUUCAAGAGAGUUUGGAAAGGACACUUGGAAAGCACGUUGGAACUAUUCCCAUUGUACCCACAGCAGAGUUCCAAGACAGGAUAUCAGGUGCCUCUGAGAAAGACAUUGUGCACUCUGGCUUAGCUUACACCAUGGAGUGCUCUGCCAGGCAAAUCAUGGACACAGCCAUGAAGUAUAACCUGGGAUUGGACCUGAGAACAGCUGCCUAUGUCAACGCCAUCGAGAAAGUCUUCAAGGUGUACAAUGAAGCUGGUGUGACCUUCACAUAGACCGGACCGGACUGCAGCUGACUUCUUCACUACCCUCUUCACCUCUUCAUCUGCAGACCUAUCACAAGUUUACAUGUAACCGCAGAAAUCUCUCUCUCAUGACUUAAUAGA